CGACACCAACACCGGCGAUCAGGUCAACCCAACCAACGCCGAGAGCCCUACCUCCUUUCGCCAUCACUUGAACCAUGUCGACGAUCACUAGUACGGCUCUCCAGAGCUCACAGGCCCCAAUCCUGCCGGCUUCCUUCUCCGCCAACCAGCCAAAGACCAUCCGUCUCUACCCGUUAUCUAAUUAUACUUUUGGUACUAAGGAGAACCAACCGGAAGAAGACCCCUCUGUCCUUGCCCGUCUGCAACGCCUACAAGAACACUACGAGCAGUAUGGUAUGCGACGCACCUGUGAAGGUAUCCUCGUUUGCCACGAGCACUGUCAUCCGCACAUCCUCAUGCUUCAAAUUGCCAAUGCCUUCUUCAAGUUGCCAGGCGAUUACCUCCACCAUCACGAGAGCGAGCUGGAAGGGUUUAAGUCUCGUCUGAACGAACGCCUUGCUCCGGUCGGCAGCCAAUUUUCCGGCGAGGGUGUUAAUGAUGAAUGGGAGAUUGGUGAUACUCUCGCCCAGUGGUGGAGGCCAAACUUUGAGACAUUCAUGUACCCUUUUAUCCCGGCGCAUGUCACCAGGCCCAAAGAGUGCAAGAAGCUAUAUUUUAUCCAGCUUCCCAGAAGCAAAGUACUAUCGGUUCCGAAAAACAUGAAAUUACUGGCUGUACCACUGUUCGAGUUGUACGAUAAUACCGCGCGUUACGGACCCCAGCUUUCUGCAAUCCCCCACCUACUUAGCAGAUACAACUUUGAGUUCGUUGAUGAGAACGGAAAGGUUAUUGCGGUCACCCCCGGUGGUGGUCCCGACGGGGAGCCGCAAACAAAGGUCCUUGCGGGGGGGGAGGAGAAUGGGGAUAUCAAAACCGAAUAGAAUAAGUUAAUUGGUGGGGUUCACUAGUGAGCAGAUACAACUGUAGUCUCUAGUUUUUUUAACUCUUUGUCUCUGGGCCCUUUCAA